CGCCACCGGCCACCUAACUCUUCCCUCUCCCUUCCCCUACUCUUCACUUCACUCUAUUCUCAACCUGCACCAACCACCACUAACCUCUCUUUUCCAUUUUAAAAAGAUGUGGCAACUUCUCCUUGCCGCAGCUUUAGCAGGAUCUGCUACUUUCGUUGCUAAGCAUUUUCUUGCUCAGGAACGCCCUAAAGAGGAAGAAAAUCCUUUUGAAGAUUCGAUUGCUUCUGCAUUUCAAUCUCCUCUAUUUCCUAACCAUGGUAGUGGGUGCGGAUACGACAGUAAUUUCCAGCAACCACCUGAUGGGAUCUUUAGGUUCUCGAGUUCUGCUUCUGCUUCUUCGCCAAGUGGUAAGAAAACUAGGAUUUCGAGGAAGAAAUCGGGCAUCACGGGUCGCCGAUUGAAUUUUGGUGCGGAAAAUUAUAAGGCUGAUAAAAGAUCUGGUGGUUCCGAGAAGAGUGCAAGGCGCCGAUUGAAUUUUGGUGCGGAAAAUUAUAAGGCUGAUAAAAGAUCUGGUGGUUCCGAGAAGAGUGCAAGGCGAUUAGCUGUUUGCUUGAAGAAGAAGAGAACUGCCAAGAGUGUGCCUUCCAAGUGUAGAUCCUGUUCUUCUAAAGGUUGGUUUUUUUUUUUUUCUCUUUUCUUUUCUAUCUAAUUUUACUGUAUUUGA